UAUAAAACAAACACCUUCUAUACUUUAGAAACCAUGGCUCUCCAAGCUCCACUGGACUCCGCCUCCUCUCCUGCUGCACUGAAACCAGCCCCAGAGGCGUUGCCAUGGGCGCAGGAGAAGCGCUCUAAGCGCCACCCCUCCUCCCCUCUCCAAACACAGGAAGAAUAUCUUGCUCUUUGCCUCGUUAUGCUCGCACGCGGCGACGACCACCGGCAGCCAUCGCCAUCUCCUCCUCCUCCUGCUCCUCCGCCGUCGCGGAAGCUUUGUUACAAGUGCUCUGUCUGUGGCAAGGCGUUCCCUUCUUACCAGGCGCUCGGCGGGCAUAAGUCCAGCCACCGGCGGCCAACCGGGAUUGAAGACGUCCGGCUCUUCUCUUCGUUUGCUGGCAGUGGAUCGGUGUCGUCGGGUGGUUCUGGUGGCGGCUCGGAGGGUGGCAGGGUCCACCGGUGCUCUGUUUGCUUUAGGAGUUUCCCGACGGGGCAAGCGCUGGGUGGGCACAAGCGGUGCCACUACUGGGAGGUGUCAUCGAGCUCGGAUGUGGCUUUGAGAGAUUUUGAUCUGAACCUGCCGCCGCCGCCGUUGCCGGAGUUUGGGGCGGAGAUGUGGGCGACAGGGGAGGAGGAGGAGGUCCAGAGCCCUGUGACCGUGAAGAAGCCAAGGCUUUUGAUUUCGGCCUAAACUACAGUUUUUUCUAUUGCAGGCAUGGAAGCUUUUUUAAAAAAAAUUGUUGUCAAGGAUUGCGUUGUUGUCCAUAGGAUCGUAGGAAGGAAGAUUUGUUCAUUAUUUGGAAAUGGCAAACGCCAAAGCAAGCAACAGUUAUUCUUUUUUUUUUUUUUUGACUCUUUGUUUUGUUUCCUCCAUUCUAUUUGCUCAAAAAAAAUAUUUACUUCUCUUCUA